AUGGAUCUUUUGCAAGGUACAAGGCGCGACUUGUGGCAAAUGGUCAUAGUCAAUGACCUGGGUGACCAGAUAAUGUACUUGCUUCUAUAUGUGGAUGAUAUUGUCUUAACUGCUUCAUCCAAUGGUCUUCUUUGGCACCUUAUUGCUUCUCUUCGUUCAGAGUUCUCCAUUACAAACUUAGGGGCUCUAAACUAUUUUCUUGCUAUUGCUGUCACCCAGAUUCUUAACCGAGUCGGUAUGCUUCAUUGCAAACCUGUCCGGACCCCGACAGAUACAUCCGCCAAGUUUGAUGGUACUGGCCCACCUGUUUCGGAUCCGACUUUAUAUCGUAGUUUGGCUGGUGUGCUUCAGUACUUGACGUUUACUCGUCCAGAUAUUACUUGUGAUGUUCAGCAGGUCACAUUGGAUCAUGGUCUUCAGUUAUACGUUUCUCCAUCUUGGGGUCUUAUUGCUUAUUCUGAUGCAGAUUGGGUAGGUUGUCCGUUUACACAGCGCUCCACUUCCGGUUAUUGUGUGUUUCUUGGUCAAAAUCUUCUCUCAUGGUCGUCCAAACGACAAGGCACGAUUUCUCGCUCUAGUGCCGAAGCCGAGUAUUGGGGUGUUGCCAAUGCUGUUGCUGAGACAUGUUGGCUUCGCAAUCUAUUACAUGAGUUACUUUAUCCCCCUCUCACUGCUACCUUAGUUUACUGUAAUAAUGUUGUUAUGGGUCAGAUUCGUGUUCUUCAUGUCCCCUCUUCAUCCCAGUAUGCUGACAUUUUUACCAAAGGUUUACCGUCUGCAUUGUUUCUUGAUUUUAGAUCUAGUCUAAACGUCUGA